UCCAGUGAGUUUGAGCUGCGUUUCAUUCCAGACGCGCGUGUUGGACAUGAACGCACAUCCUUACAACUAAAGAACGCUGUUUAAACUAGUUUCAGAAGCUAUCGGAAGUUUUUCUUCACACAGACAGUCUUCGGGUGAUUGUGUGAUUAUGGGCUGUUCGUCUUCCAGCACCCAGACGCUCGCGCAGGAGGACCGCCCGGGCGUCAAGGCGGAGGACGCGCGCGGGGAAACUCUGCUCAAUGGUAAUGGGAUUGUAGCAGAAGUCAGCGAGACCAUCUCAGACCAGAUGCAGUUGCCGGUUCAGAGCAGUGUUCUGGACCAGAUGGUUCCGGGACCGGCGGAUAUGGAGAACCAGGACUGGAAACCCGAGCAGACAGCGGUCAGCGGCAGUGAUGCUGCUCUGGAGGCCAUAGAACCAGUAGACGUUCUUGCUGCUUCAGAACUCGUCGUCGCUGCAGCUGCAGAAACAGCCCUAGCUCUGGAACCAACAUCAGAUCUCACACCAGUUCAGCUCACACCCACUCCAGAACCCAAGCCAGCUGAGCUAAUGUCAGCUCCAGAAUUCCCAUCAGACGUCCCAGUGGAACCAAGCCCUGCUCUAGAACCCACUCCAGCUCCAGAACCCAUUCCAGCUCUAGAACCAACUCCAGCUCCAGAACCCAUUCCAGCUCUAGAACCAACUCCAGCUCCAGAACCCACUCCAGCUCUAGAACCAACUCCAGCUCCAGAACCCACUCCAGUGGAACCAAUCCAAGCUCUAGAACCAACCCCAGCUCCAGAACCCGCUCUAGCUCUAGAACCAACCCCAGCUCCAGAACACACUCCAGUGGAACCAAGCCCUGCUCUAGAACCCACUCCAGCUCCAGAACCCACUCCAGCUCUAGAACCAACUCCAGCUCCAGAACCCACUCCAGUGGAACCAAUCCAAGCUCUAGAACCAACUCCAGCUCCAGAACCCACUUCAGUGGAACCAAUCCAAGCUCUAGAACCAACUCCAGCUCCAGAACCCACUCCAGUGGAACCAAUCCAAGCUCUAGAACCAACUCCAGCUCCAGAACCCACUCCAGUGGAACUAAGCCCUGCUCUAGAACAAACUCCAGCUCCAGAACCCACUCUAGUGGAACCAAGCCUAGCUUUAGAACCAGCUCCAGAACCCACUCCAGUGGAACCAAGCCCAGCUCUAGAACCAACUCCAGCUCCAGAACCCACUCUAGUGGAACCAAGCCUAGCUUUAGAACCAGCUCCAGAACCAACUCCAGUGGAACCAAGCCCUGCGCUAGAACCAACUCCAGCUCCAGAACCAACUCCAGUGGAACCGGGUGCAGUGCCUGUGAUGGAGGCAGUAGCUGCAGAGGUGGCCGGAGAUGAUGCCGGAUCUGCUGAAGCCCACAGAAACUGAAGACUGGUGUUCAACGCUCACUCAGACGUGCCUUCUGUUCACUGCGAGUGUGUGCGAUU